AUGCACGCUAAUACGCAGCAGCACAACGCUUUCGGAAUUUCUCCGCAUCCCGAUCCCAACAACGCCAACAGCGCGCUCAGUAUCUUUGCGCCUCCAUCACCUUCGGGAGACGCGGUCGUUUCGACCUCCUUUGCUACGCCCAUCCCCCAACUGCACCUAUCGCAGCCCAUCAUGUUUGCCGAAGAACUCGCCUCCUUACGCCGUCAAGGUGUCCGGUCGAUCCUCUUCCAAAUCCUCAACUUUGUCUCUGUCGUAUCCACCGCUCUAGCCAUGUGGAAGGGACUCUCGGUACUCACCGAUACCGAAUCACCCGUCGUCGUCGUCCUCUCCGGUUCCAUGGAACCCGCAUUCUAUCGAGGCGAUCUGCUCUUUCUCACAAUGCCAUCUGGUCCAUUGAAGGUCGGUGACAUCCCUGUAUACAAGGUCCCCGGUGCAGACAUUCCCAUCGUCCACCGUAUCAUCGAAACUCACAACGCGGAGGACGGGGAACAGUUGAUCUUGACAAAAGUGCCAUUCCGACGCAAGAUCACGCACAGAUCACAUUCACACGCGGCAGCAAGCAUGACGAAGAAAAGAGUGUGUUUUGACAAAGACAAGAUCAACAGCCAAAGACAUGGCUGCGACAGAGAACGAAGAAAGAGGUUCGGUAUCCAGACCGACAUCCAUGAACAAGAAAGUUUUUUCCGUUACGAUCAAUAG